CCCGAACUGCGCAGCGCGGCUAGGGGAGUCACACUCCUUGGAAUUAUGUGGUAAAUGAUCUUCUCGGCACAGAAGAGAAUUAAAGAAUGAUGGCUUCAUUCCAGCGCUCCAAUAGUCAUGACAAAGUAAGGAGAAUAGUCGCAGAGGAAGGUCGUACGGCAAGAAACCUAAUAGCUUGGAGUGUUCCACUAGAAAGCAAAGAUGAUGAUGGAAAACCAAAAUGUCAAACUGGUGGAAAAUCUAAAAGGAUAGUUCAAGGCACUCAUAAAACUACUAAACAGAGCACUGCAGUAGACUGCAAAAUAACAUCAUCUACAACUGGAGAUAAACACUUUGAUAAAAGUCCCACUAAAACAAGGCACCCUCGGAAGAUUGAUCUGAGAGCUCGAUACUGGGCAUUUCUUUUUGACAAUCUUCGCCGGGCAGUAGAUGAAAUCUAUGUAACUUGUGAAUCAGAUCAGAGUGUGGUGGAAUGUAAGGAGGUGCUAAUGAUGCUGGACAACUACGUGAGAGAUUUCAAAGCAUUGAUUGACUGGAUUCAGCUUCAAGAAAAGCUGGAGAAGGCAGAUGCUCAAAGCAGACCAACGUCAUUGGCAUGGGAAGUAAAGAAGAUGUCUCCAGGACGUCAUGUGAUUCCAAGUCCAUCAACAGAUAGAAUAACUGUAACAUCAAAUGCUCGACGAAGCUUAAAUUUUGGGGGUUCACCUGGCACAGUGGCAGCUCCUCACCUGGCUCCCACAGGUGUCAGUUGGGCUGACAAGGUGAAGGCUCAUCAUACAGUCUCUACUGCUUCUUCAGAUGGAGCACCUGCCCAAUCUUGCCCACCGAUGAUAGUGCAGAAGCCUUCGCGCAGAAAUGAAUGGAAAGAUGCUGAAGGAUGGGAGACUGUUCAGAGAGGAAGGCCUGUUCGUUCUAGAUCAACAGCAGUGACACCAAAAAUUUCAUUAGCAACAGAAGCCUUGAGGUCAAAGGAUGACAGCGAUAAGGAAAAUGUAUGUCUUUUACCUGAUGACAGUAUACAGAAAGGUGAAUUUGUUGGAGAUGGACCGUCUAAUACUAUAGGAUCUCGUCCCAAAGACUCAUUAAACUCCUGUGACCAUCCUCUUACUGAAAGAACCCAGUUUGCAGCAAGUACGUUGGAUGAUGUCAAGAAUUCUGGCAGUAGUCAAGACAAUUCUGUGCGAACUUCUGAAGUACUUGCUCUUCACAUUGAUACAGAGUGUGUUUCCAUUACUCAGCAAGCUGUCACACCUCCUAUGCAGAUAAAUGAAGACACAUUUUCAGUAGAGAAAGAAAGGAUAGAAAAUGAAAUGGACCCUUCAGAUAUUUCAAAUUCCAUGGCAGAAGUCCUUGCUAAAAAAGAAGAGCUAGCAGAUCGUCUAGAAAAGGCCAAUGAAGAAGCCAUUGCAAGCGCUAUUGCUGAAGAAGAACAGUUAACUAGAGAAAUUGAAGCUGAAGAAAACAAUGAUAUUAACAUUGAAACUGACAACGACAGUGAUUUUUCUGCCAGCAUGGGCAGUGGGAGUGUAUCUUUCUGUGGUAUGUCUAUGGACUGGAACGAUGUCCUUGCGGAUUAUGAAGCUCGUGAAUCUUGGCGCCAAAAUACAUCCUGGGGAGAUAUUGUAGAAGAGGAACCUGCUAGACCUCCAGGGCAUGGAAUUCACAUGCACGAAAAACUUUCUUCACCAUCUCGCAAAAGAACAAUUGCAGAAUCUAAGAAGAAACAUGAAGAAAAACAAAUGAAAGCACAGCAGCUAAGGGAAAAGUUACGUGAAGAGAAAACAUUAAAGCUUCAGAAAUUAUUAGAAAGGGAGAAAGAUGUCCGGAAGUGGAAGGAAGAAUUACUAGAUCAACGACGUAGGAUGAUGGAAGAGAAAUUACUUCAUGCUGAAUUUAAACGAGAGGUGCAAUUACAAGCAAUUGUGAAAAAAGCACAAGAGGAAGAAGCUAAGGUAAAUGAAAUUGCCUUUAUUAAUACCCUUGAAGCCCAGAAUAAACGCCAUGACGUUUUAUCAAAAUUGAAGGAAUAUGAGCAGAGGCUUAAUGAAUUACAGGAAGAGCGUCAGAGACGACAGGAAGAAAAGCAAGCACGUGAUGAAGCUGUGCAGGAGCGCAAGAGAGCUCUUGAGGCAGAACGGCAGGCCCGUGUAGAAGAAUUGUUGAUGAAGAGGAAAGAACAAGAAGCCCGAAUUGAACAACAGAGGCAAGAAAAGGAAAAAGCCCGUGAGGAUGCAGCCCGGGAAAGAGCUAGAGACAGGGAAGAACGAUUGGCAGCACUCACAGCUGCUCAGCAAGAAGCCAUGGAAGAGCUACAGAAAAAAAUCCAGCUCAAGCAUGAUGAAAGCAUUCGAAGACACAUGGAACAGAUUGAACAAAGAAAAGAAAAAGCUGCUGAGUUAAGCAGUGGACGACAUGCAAAUACUGAUUAUGCCCCUAAACUGACCCCUUAUGAAAGAAAGAAGCAGUGUUCUCUCUGCAAUGUCCUGAUCUCUUCAGAGGUAUAUCUUUUUAGCCACAUUAAAGGGAAAAAACACCAGCAAGCUGUGAGAGAAAAUAGCAGCAUCCAAGGGCGUGAACUUUCAGAUGAAGAAGUGGAGCAUCUGUCCUUGAAGAAGUAUAUUAUCGAUAUUGUGGUUGAAAGUGCAGCUCCACCAGAGCCUUCGAAAGAUGGAGAAGAGCGGCAAAAAAAUAAAAGAAAAGCCAAAAAGAUAAAAGCCCGGAUGAACUCCAGGGCUAAGGAAUAUGAGAGUUUAACAGAAACCAAAAAUUCUGGCUGUGAUUCACCUUAUAAAGCAAAGCUUCAGCGAUUAGCCAAAGAUCUUCUAAAACAACUACAAGUACAAGACAGUGGCUCAUGGGCAAACACUAAAGUUUCUGCUUUAGAUCGGACUCUAGGUGAGAUCGCUAGAAUAUUGGAAAAAGAGGUAUGUAACUAA